AUGAACCCAUCAUCUUCAUCCCCAUCCUUCUCUUCGCCACAGCAACAACAACCAUUGUUCCACACCAACAACAAUAACUCCAGACCACCUUCACAGCGAAGUUCCUCCGGUUCGCAACGUGAGACACCCUCCAUAAUACCCUUAGAUUAUAAUUAUCAAGUUAUGGCACCCUCAGCGUUGAGGCCACAAACCGGACGUUAUCCAACGCAUUUGCCCUCACGUUCUUCCACUCGGCAAAGUAGCAAUCCCGAAGUGGAUGUGGAUACAGAAAUUGAGCCGGCUUUCAAUUCUCUGUUUGGUGAUCCAAUACCUCCCCCACCGCCGGAUGAUUUUUUGGGUAGCGGUUUUGUUUCACCGGCCUUUUUAAGAUCCACUUCUGUGGAGCUAACAUCCGAUGAGGACCAAUUAUUAAGCCACGAGCCUCAAACGCAACGUCUCUUUCCCCAGGUACCUUAUACCAGCCUAAGGGGUAGACGAUUUUCAAACAUCUCCACACCCUCACCGCGAAAUUUUGAGAUACUACCCUCAGCCAUACCAAGGCUGAAACCACCUGACAUACAAAUACUGCCAAAUUCCAGUGGAGAUUCUUCUUCGGGUCAUCAGAAUUCACCGAAUUAUAUGCUUCUCACGCCCAGUGAAAUGUUGAGGACUUCGUCGGGUUAUGAGCCUACGGGAGCGGAAGAUAUUGUGGAGCUGAAAGAAACAUAUACCAUAAGUGAUAAUCGCACGAUGCGAGAAUAUUCCGAGGCGAGUAGUAUCAGGAAAUCAUCGACACCUGCUAACAGGGAGAAGGAGGAUCAGGAAGCCAAGGGGCAAGUACAAGGUAUUUUGAGCCCCUCACCGGAUGCCCUAAUGCCGCGACAAUUCUCCAAUGAAUCGUACUCGAGCGGGGAAUGGUUUCGUCAGGCCAGCCUUGAAUAUCCCGAAUUUAAUAAAAUGCCCACCCUAAGGCCUAGUUCGAAAAAUGUCAUGUCAAUUAAGCGGGACGAAAUGCCUCUCAGCUCUCCGGUGGCGGCCAUGAUCAAUGAUUCCAGUAGCAGCGGGGCAGAGGAAAGACUAAUGUCGAGUACCCAAGUUCUAGAUGAACCCAGCGUAUCUUUGGAUGGUUUGAGGCCACCUCUAAGGCCUCCCAGUCCUUCACCCUCCUGUCUGAGAUCGUUGGAGGAAUCACCUUCAUUGAUCCUAACACCACGGGAAUAUAUCAAGCAAAGACGGAAAAGUGUGUUCGGUCCACAGAUCACAGGCGGAAGUCUAGAGGAUGAAGAAGAACCCGUCUCGUUACUGGACGAAGCAGCAGAUGAGGAAGGCGAUUCUCCUCUGCCUCCUUUACCACCACCACCCAUACCACCACAACCUCAUCUCUUGGCAGAGGAUCCCACUGAGCCUGAAACACCGCUACAGCGUCAGCGAUCACCUGUGAUAUUGAAAGACUCCAUAACCACGGGAGGAGAUUAUAGGGUUGAACAAUCCCGCCUCCACAAAAAGACCUCCUUUACGAUACUGAAUGAGAAGCCCCUACCCAUGUCUUCCCAAAGUCCCCGCUAUCAAAGGACUCGAGAGCUAAGUUCUCCCUCUCUGAUACCAGGGAGAUCGAAGGCACCCAACACCCCUCAAAAGUCACCCAUGCAGCGUAAGUCGUUAUCAUCCACCCAGCUUAAACUGCCUCAGCUAAUGCCACCCUUGGCCGAAAUGACGGUCGAAGACUCACCAAGGCCGUCGGUACAAUUCGAUAUGAGUGGGCGGUACAGCCCCAGUAAACUGCCAACCCAAAAGGGUAUUUUACAUCAACGAGAAUCCGCAACCACCAUUUCCCCUAUGAAGACACCAUUCAAGCGCCGCCCCUCAACCUUGCUGGGUGAAUCGAUGGAACCCACUUCGAAAUCAAAACCCCACAUGAAAAGUAUGGAAGCAUUACCCAUGAUCACCGAUCCCUAUCGAACCUCUAUACCAAGACUGAAUCGUUCUGCCUUAGAUUUAAGACCUGAAAAGGCGGUGUUUCCUCCAGGAGCUUUACCGCGUCCUAUAAAACCCAACCCAAAUCCCACACGCAAACAGAAGGGCCUCCUCAAAGUACUCAAUCAUGAAGAGAUUCUGGCGCGCAUUCCCUCCAAAUCAAAUUGGGCUAGUAUGGAAGAUCUGACCACAGAAGCUGCGGGGAAACCUUUAUUAUCUCCCCUGCAUGGUGAAAAGACGAGAAGGAGAUCCAGUUCAACCUCACCCUCAAGGCGUAGCUCCACACAAACCACCUCAGAUCGGCGAAGUUCCAAUCUCAGUUCUGUGACAACUUCGGAUUUUAGUUUUAGACGACCAUCCAUCUCCGGUGCUGGGGGAAAACCUCAAGCCUCCUCCACACCCCAAACUCCACGAAGAAGAAAGUCCAUAUUUCAGCCACCCAGCCCCCAGAGUAUGCGGAGGAAAUCUUCCUCAAGUUCUAGUGUGGCCAAUCUCACAACCACGGGGAGGCCGUUGAUACGAAAAUUGCCUCAAACCCACACCCCUGUCUCCGAUUAUUGGCACUCCCAAUAA